AUGAGUUACAACAUUGGAGGACCGUCAAAUACUGAAAAUAACAUAUUGUCAUCAUCAUCUUCUGAUGAUGAUGAUAAUGACAAUAUGUUAUGGAUGUAUGAUCUCUUUUCAAUGGAAGAAGAUGCAAUGCAUCGGGUUAUUCAAAAUAAUAGCAUGGUAUUAGAGUUAACCCUUAGUCAUUUGAACAACUGUCGAUCCCAUGGUGGCUCUAUUCCAGGCCAUGUUGUUAUCAAUCGCAAUCAAGAAGCGGCAGAUCGCAAUUUGUGGAAUGAUUACUUUUCGGAGAACCCACGAUAUAAUGUUGAAAUGUUUCGUCGAAGAUAUCGGAUGUCACGAAGUUUAUUUCUUCGCAUUGUUGGGGCAGUUAAGAACCAUGAUAGUUACUUUCAACAACGUUGUGAUGGUCUUAGUCGAGGUGGGUUAUCUACUGCGAAAAAUUACUCGCAACUUUUUCGAAUGUUGGCAUAUGGUUUACCCUGCCGAUGCUACUGA